AUGCUCCUUAUUGCCGCUCCCCGCCGUCUCAACAUCACCCGAUGCCUCCGCCUCCUCUUGGUGCUUUCCCUCGCCCUCUUCGGUUUACUCGUCGUCUUGUCCGCGCCACCUCAUCCUCCUACUCCGUCGACGACUCUCCCACAUCAAGCCUCUCCGCCGCUCAACGCGUCCAAGCUCGCCCUCCUCAUCGAAGACCGCCCGCAGCCCGUCCUCGCCCCCAUCCUGCUACACUUCAUCGCCGUCCUGCCGCCCUCAUGGCCCUUCCUCUUCCUCGGCUCCCCCGCCUCCCUCUCCGCGCUCAACGCCUCCGCCCCAGCGCGCGCCCACGUCCGCACGGGGAAGCUCUCCCUGCGGCCCAUCCCCGCCAACAUGAGCACCGCCGGCCAGGAGAUGAUCAGCCGGUUCCUCACCUCGCGGUGGCUGUACGAGGUGGCCGUCGGGACGCCGCCCGCAGAGUGGCUGCUCGUCUUCCAGACGGAUGCGACGCUCUGCGCCAACAGCCGCCUCGACGUGGAUGCCUUCCUGGGGCUGGACUGGGUGGGCGCGCCGUGGACGCCCGACGCGCAAUGGGGAGGUAACGGGGGGUUGUCGCUGCGUCGCGUGAGCCGCAUCGUGGAGGUGCUGCGGCGCCAGCAGCGGCGGGAGGACAGCGAGCCCGAGGACGUGUGGCUCUCGGAGCGGCUUGCGCACUUUCCCGGCGCAAAUGUCGCAAACGGGUCCGUCUCGCUGACGUUUUCAGGGGAGAUGCACAGCGGCGUCGGGGAGGGAGCGCCCGCGGAGCCGAGGUUCUGCAACAACGGCACGAUGCUGCUCUGCAACGAGGGGGGCGAGCACGUCAGGGGCAUCGACGACUGGAGGACGGGGUUCUACGAGCCCAUGGGCUACCACACGGGCGGGAGCGGCAAGUACCUCCACUCGUCGAUAUGGGGGGCGCCGGAGCUACGGAGCCACAUCUACGGCUACUGCCCCGAGGUCAAGAUGGCUGUGGCCAUGGACGUGGCCAGGUAUGUGCCGGGGGAGUGUGCAGGCCAUUGGUGA